AUGCAGUUCUCCAAGUUCGCCGUUCUUCUUGCCUCUUCCUCGGCUCUUGCCGCUCCUCUGGAUCUCGAGGCCGGAACCGGCAACGCGGUCGUUCCCAGACAAAUCGGCGCCGGCCUCAAUGCCAUUAUCAAUCUUACUAGCCCUAUCGCUGGUCUCACUUCGACCAUCAGCAACCUCAUCAACGGGCUCGGCCUCCCAGCUACUAUCAACCAGCUCCUGGCUAUUCUUGGCCAGGUGGGCAAUGGCCUCACCGCUGCUCAGAUCGAGACCUUGGCCCUAGCUCAGAGCAGGCUCCUGGCAUUGGGCGACAGAAUCACCGCCGCCCAGAGCGAUCUGCUGAAUAGGAUCAACGGCGUUCUCGCCCUCGCUGCCACCGUUCCCGGCACGAUCCAGGGCACCACCGCCAGCACGCUCCAGACCGUCAUCGGGAGGCUCUCGACCACUGCUCAGCAAGCGCUCACCACCGCUACUGGCCUCAUCUCGGGGCCUGUGUCUCUGAACGCCGUUGGCAACCUCGUGGUCGGCGGUGUCAACUAG